AUGAUUUGGUAUGUGGCCACUCUGAUAGCAAGUGUAUUCAGCACCAGAGGAACGGCCGCUCAAGGUGCCCACGGAGUGAGAGAGGAGCCUCGGUUUGUGACGGCACGCGCCGGAGAGAGCGUGAUCCUGGGGUGCGACGUGUCCCCUCCCCUGGAUGGCCAGCAGCCCCCAUAUGUGGUGGAGUGGUUCAAGUUUGGAGUGCCUAUUCCCUUCUUCAUCAACUUCCGCUUCUACCCUCCCCAUGUGGAUCCAGAGUACACUGGUCGAGCCUCUCUGCACGGGAAGGCCUCCCUGCAGAUCGAGCCGGUGCGCUCAGAGGACCAGGGCUGGUACGAGUGCAGGGUCCUGAUGUUGGAGCAACAGUACAACACCUUCAACAACGGCAGCUGGGUGCACCUCACGGUCAACGCGCCGCCAACAUUUACAUCGACGCCACCGCAGUAUGUGGAGGCCAAAGAGGGGGGCAGCAUCCUGCUCAGCUGCUUUGCCCAGGGAAACCCCAAACCCGGAAUCAGCUGGCUGAGGGAGGGGGAGGAGCUAGCCACCAAUGCUAAAUAUUCGGUCCAUGAUGGAAGCCUGACCAUCCUCGGUAUCACCCGCGACGACAGGGGGGCGUACACGUGCAGAGCCUACAGCGACCAAGGGGAGGUGCUGCACACCACCCGUCUGCUGGUGCAAGGGCCUCCGUUCAUCGUCUCCCCACCAGAAAAUGUCACUGUCAACAUAUCACAGAAUGCACUGUUCACCUGCCAAGCUGAGGCCUAUCCUGGCAACCUGACCUACACCUGGUUCUUGGAGGAUGAAAACGUCUACUUCAAGAAUGACCUGAAGCUGCGAGUGCGCAUCCUCAUCGACGGCACCCUCAUCAUCUUCCGGGUCAAGCCCGAGGACGCCGGAAAGUACACGUGCAGCCCGAGCAAUAGCCUAGGCAUCUCGCCGUCUGCAUCGGCUUACCUUACCGUUCAGUACCCUGCCCGAGUGAUCAACAUGCCCUCGGUCAUCUACGUCCCCCGCAAAUUGCCUGGCACUAUCCGCUGCCCGGCCGAUGCCAACCCACCCGUGACGUCUGUCAAGUGGGAAAAAGACGGCUACCCUUUGAGAGUGGAGAAGUAUCCCGGUUGGAGCCUAACAUCAGACGGGAGUAUCCGAGUAGCCGAGGCCACAGAGGACUCCCUGGGCACCUACACCUGUGUGCCUUACAACGCCCUGGGUACCAUGGGCAUGUCCCCCCCUGCCACUCUGGUGCUAAAGGAUCCCCCUUACUUUAACGUGAGGCCUGGGGGGGAGUACCGACAGGAGGCUGGCAGAGAGUUAGUCAUCCCCUGCGCUGCUUCUGGAGACCCAGAUAUUCCCAGCAUCACUUGGAGAAAGGUUGGGAAGCCAAGCCGAAGCAAGCACAACAUCCUGCUCAGCGGCAGCCUACAGUUUGUGUCGCUCAGCAAGGAGGACCAUGGAGAGUGGGAGUGCGUCGCUACUAACGUAGUCACGAGCAUCACUGCCAGCACCAGGAUCGUGGUCAUUGGCACCAGCCCACACGCUCCCGGCAACAUCCAUGUGGUGCCCUCAACCACCUCCGCUAAUGUGUCCUGGGAACCGGGCUACGACGGCGGCUUCGAGCAGACUUUUUCCGUGUGGUACGGUCCAGUGUCAAAGAGAGUGGACUUCGGUCCACACGACUGGCAUUCCAUGCCGGUUUCUGGUGCUCAGACGUGGUUGCUGGUGCCAGGGCUGGAGCCUGGGACAGAGUAUCAGUUCAGUGUGCUGGCACAAAACAAACUGGGCACUGGCCCAUUCAGCGAAGUUGUGACAGUCCACACUGCAGGCUCUCCCCUGGGUACCCCAGAACCACUGGUGCUUCUUACCCCACCACGGUGCCUCACCGCCAACCGGACUCAGCACGGCGUCCUGCUCACCUGGCUCCCCCCGGGCAACCACUCCUCGCCCAUCAACCGCUAUAUCAUGGAGUUCCGUCUUGGGGAGCGAUGGGAGACCCUGGAUGACCUGAUUCCGUCCACUGAAACUGAAAUUGUCGCCAGAGACCUGGUUCAGGAGUCCUGGUAUGAAUUUCGAGUGAUGGCAGUCAUGGAAGACCUGAUCAGCGAGAGCAGCAAUGUAGUGGGAGUGUCCAGCACAGAUCCUUUUCCCCCUGCGGAGGUAGCCGAUGAGGGUCUAGCUCGCCCAGUGGUUGCAGGCGUGGUUGCAACCAUUUGUUUUCUAGCAGCGGCCGUGCUGUUCAGCACGCUAGCGGCGUGCUUCGUAAACAAGCAGCACCGCCGCAAGCUUAAGCGCAAACCGGAUCCUCCCUUGUCUGUGACGCACUUCAGGAAAAGUGUGGAAUCCCCGCCUCCUCUCACCCCCUUGCCAGGGGUAGAGCCCUGUUGGGACGAGCCUGCCAGGAGCACUUUCUUGCCCCCGCCCGCCAGCCCCCUGUUGUCAUCAGGGAAAAUAAGCCCGGAGAGCUCCCCACCAUCUCGGCCGCGCUCCAUUUCUUCUGAGGGCUCCCAUGGUCCUGGUCUGUAUGUCAGGAAGCUGCCCAGCCCUCAGCGGGAGAAGGACAAGGAGCUUUCCUUCUACAAGAAAACCAAGCGUGCCAUAGCCAGCAAGAAGUACAGCGUGUCCAAGCACGAAGCGGAAGUCACCACGCCAAUCGAGUUGAUAUGCCGAGGCCCCGAUGGCCGCUUCGUCAUGGAAACCAGCCCGCCUCAUCGCCGCAUCCAGGGCUUUCCCUUCGCGGAGGAAUCCGAUCUGUACCCCGAGUUCCGACAGUCUGAUGAGGAGAAUGAUUUCGACCCAGGCCCUCUGCCGCCUAUCAUGCCCACGCUGAGGCCCCAGCUUUCUCCGACGUCCUCAAGCCUGGAGUCCACGCAGCCCCCCACCUACAGCCCCCACCUGCACAGGGCCAUGGAAGGUAUGAGCUUUGCAGAGGGCAGUGCAAUUCACGCCUCGGGGCAGGCCCCGUCCGCCCGCUACAGGGGCUUCCCCCAAGGCCCCUUCUAUGGUUAUCUAGGCAGCCGCGUCGAAUCAGGGAUACCACCACCAUUCUACAUGCCUGACGUUAGCCCACAUAGCUCCGCUCUGUCCUCACCCCCGGGCACCUCUGAGGGGCCCUUUGGCUAUCCCUCCAUUCCUGAGGAGAGCGGAGAAGUGGAGCACCAUCAGUACACUGCGUCUGGCCAUUCUCUGUCUCACACUCACAGCCCUUCGCCUCGCUCACCCGACAGCUGGCAGCCUCAAGCGUUACCCUUCCUGGGUCUGGAGGGUCCACGCUUCAUGCUUCCCCCUCACCAUUCUUUACAUCAUCCGGACAUGCCCGACCCACCCUCGUACCUCUCUCACUCGCUCCCACCCGGUCGCCUCCACCUGCCUCCCCUGACGGAUCCGACAAGUCCGAGACUCCUGCAGCUGGAGGUCCCUGUGGCUCCCCCGGGCAGAGACAGGCCCCCGGGCCCUCCAGUUAGGCGUUUAGCUAUGCAACAGGCCCAAAGUCUCGGCCAGCUCAGACACACGGCCCACGGAGUGGGUGUACCAGUGUUGCCUUACCCUGACCCGGCAGCCCGCGCAGGGAGCCCAAGCACAGCCCCAAGUAGUAGCCCCCAGUCCUGGCUCAGCCCGAGGGCGGGGCGCCGAGCAGACCCCAGCCUGCCCCCCUUAGUACUUCAACCAUCACGCCUGUCCCCACUCUCUCAAAGCCCCCUUAGCACCCAGCCGGGUUCUCCAGAUAUUCUAGUGCGCCCACCUCCACGCCCCGGCAUCCUCCGCACCUCUCGGUCUUUGGAGAUGCCCGAGCUCACCCUGCAGCCCUCGGCCACCUUCUCCCGGAGGUCCUCCCUGACUGCCUCUCCUACUCCGAGUCAGGGCGACAAGCAGGCCAGCUCCAGUUACCAGGCAGCCCACAUGUCCUACGCCUCCACGGCAGCCAGUUACCCCUCGCAGUCCCCUUCUCCCCCGCCGGAAGGCAGGGAUGUUUUCGGGCAAAGGCCGUCCCAGAGAAGGACAGAGGAGGAGAUGCUACCCUCAGAGCCCUCCCAGCUCCAGAUAUCAGCCUCAGGGGACCCUCUAGGUGGGGCUAGUGACGCUGCUGCUGGGUCUGAGAGUCUACCAGCACUGCUGCACCACUGUAUCACUAAAGCCAAGGGAGUGGCUGCCAACAUCAAUAACAACGCAACCUCCACAAAGAGAACUGGUGCAGCCUCAUCUCAGACCCAGCAGCCAUGUCAGACGCCCCACCGGGACGAGGUGCCUGGCAGAACGAAAAAAAGGCAAACUAAGAAGAACCCCUAUAUCUAUUUGACCUCCUUGCUGCAUCGCAGGCGCUCCGAGGACGACCAGACAGGCAUCCUGACCGGUGCCGACACGGAAGGCCCCAAUUACGGGACCCUCCGCUGA